GGAACAAGGCGCCGGGAUGCUGAGGCUGAGGCUGGAUGUGGUCGGAACGGAAUAUUAGGAUAUUUAUUUAAACGUUUAAACGACAUACAGCGAGCAAAUACAGACGGAAAAGCAACGCUAAGACAAUGGCUGACCGAACCGACCUGAAAGCUGAACUUGAGCGCAAAAAACAGCGACUCGCCCAGAUCAGAGAGGAAAAGAAAAGGAAGGAGGAGGAGAGAAAAAAGAAAGAGUCUGAGGUACAGCAAAGGGCAGAGAAAGCAACAGAAGAGUCAGAUCUGGACCGAAAGAGAAAAGAGACAGAAGAUUUCCUGCAAAGCGUUGGCAUCUCACCUGAACCACCUUUAGUGCAGCCGCUGCAGCUUUUAACAUGGGAUACCUGUUAUUUUCAUUAUUUAGUCCCAACCCCUAUGUCUCCCUCUUCGCAAUCAGUGAGCACACCCAGUGAGGUGGGGAGCCAGGAGUCGGUGGACGGUGGGACAGUAACCAGGACGCUGCAGUGGGACACAGACCCCUCAGCUCUUCAGCUUCUCGCAGACUCUGAGCAUGGGUGCAGAAUGCGGAGACUUGGAGCAUCCAAGAUUGUUCAGAUUGACUUCAUGCCCAAAGAAUUGGUGACAUAUUCUAAAGAGACCCAGACUCCUAUUGCUCCAAAUCUGUCUGAAGAAGAGGAGGAGGAUGAGGAGCUGCCAGUGGUCAAACCCAAACCUCAGUCAGAUGAACAGGAGGAGGAAGAUCCUCAGGAGACUAACAAAGAUCUUCCACGGGAGCUGACAGAAGAAGAGAAGCAGCAGAUUGUUCACUCAGAGGAUUUCCUCAUGUUCUUUGACCGCAGCAUCCGGGUGAUGGAGCGCGCUCUAGCGGAAGAUUCUGAUAUAUUCUUCGACUACAGCGGCCGUGACAUGGAAGAAAGAGAGGGGGAGACACAAGCUGGACUAAAUAUGUCUUUCAACCGACAAUUCUAUGAUGAGCAGUGGUCAAAGCAUCGAGUUGUCACCUGUCUGGACUGGUCACCACAGUUCUCUGAGUUGCUUGUAGCCUCUUAUAACGCUAAUGAAGAUGCUCCACACGAACCGGAUGGAGUCGUCCUGGUGUGGAACAUGAAGUUUAAGAAGACAACUCCAGAAUAUAUAUUCCACUGUCAGUCUUCUGUGAUGUCAGUGGGCUUUGCACAGUUUCAUCCUAACCUGGUUGUUGGAGGAACAUACUCAGGGCAGAUUGUGCUGUGGGACAAUCGAAGCCACAGGAGGACGCCAGUACAAAGGACCCCUCUAUCUGCUGCUGCUCACACUCACCCGGUAUACUGUGUAAAUGUGGUGGGAACCCAGAAUGCCAACAACCUGAUCACCGUGUCCACAGACGGAAAGAUGUGUUCCUGGAGCUUAGACAUGCUUUCUCAGCCACAGGAGAGCAUGGAGCUGAUCUACAACAAGUCUAAGGUUGUCGCUGUAACCGGGAUGGCCUUUCCUGCUGGUGAUGUGAAUAACUUUGUAGUGGGCAGUGAGGAAGGGACAGUUUACACAGCCUCUCGACACGGCAGUAAAGCUGGCAUUGGUGAGAUGUUUGAGGGGCACCAGGGGCCUGUGACUGGCAUCAGCUGCCAUAACGCAAUGGGACCCAUUGAUUUCUCUCACCUCUUCACUACCUCAUCUUUUGACUGGACGGUCAAACUAUGGUCAACUAAACAUAACAAACCCCUGUACUCCUUUGAGGACAACGCUGACUACGUCUAUGAUGUUAUGUGGUCUCCUGUGCACCCGGCUCUGUUUGCUACAGUGGAUGGAAUGGGCCAUUUAGACCUGUGGAACCUCAAUAAUGACACAGAGGUUCCCACUGCAAGUGUGACAGUGGAGGGUUCAUGUGCCCUGAACCGGGUAAGGUGGGCAUCAGGAGGUCGGGAGGUAGCAGCAGGUGAUUCAGAGGGACACGUGUGGAUCUAUGACGUUGGAGAGCAACUGGCUGUACCUCAUUCAGAGGACUGGAGCCGACUGGCACGUGUUCUGAUGGAAAUCCGAGCAAACACCGACGGAGAACAAGAGGGGGCCAUAGAAGUGACUGGCUGAAAGCACAGCAGUGUCAUAAACACAGCGCACACAGUAUGUGUGGUAUGUGGAUUAAUGUUCCGUAAGGGUGACCAGGGCAUGAACUAACACGUCUUGGUUGUGUUUGAUCAGGAUUAAUAGCAUUUGCACAAUUAAUUGGAAAUAGAGAUGGGCUUGUUGUAACAGUAUCUAAAAAAGUCUGCUAAAUCAAUGCAAAACGUUUAAAAAAAAAUAAUUUUGUCCACGAAAUAGAACAAAAAUAAUGCCACGACUGCAUCACAUUAUUAUUCUGUAUGUACUGAAUUUUUAUGUUUGUAUUUUUUUUUUGGGAGGUUUACAUUUAAGACUGUAUUAAAACAAACCCUACCUUGUGGAGGCUGUAUUA